CUUCCUCUGUUCCUGUUUAUAUUUCUCCCUAUUCAAUUGUAGUUAUUGAUAGAGCUUUGAGUAGAGUGAUGAAUGAAAGGCAGUGUGAUUUCUUAUAGUUUACCAGUAUUAUUAGUCUUUUAGCGGCAACAUCACUCCACAAUCGUACAGACAGUAGUCGAUUGGAAUUUACUACCAGGGUUUGCGUCUUAGAUCUUAAAAGGGCAACUGAAUCAUGGCGGGUGGGACCCCUUAUAAUUUACAAGACUGAGUCAACUAAACAUAACGAGGGUGAUGGAGCAGAUUAAUGACCCUUUGACCAUGGUGUCGGAGUCUACUCCAGACACCAUCAGACAGCAGAGGCGCAGGGAGCUGGACGCUCGGCGGAGUAAGUCUCGUGUGCGUCUGGGGUCAUGCCUGCAGAGCUGGGGUCAGCUGAAGAACCACCUGGGAUUCUCUCUGCACUCUGAGCUCGCCAACUACCUACUGCAGAGCUAUUUUUCUAAAGUGUGUGCCAAAUGCUCAGACAAUAUGAAAGGGGAUACGACUGCCUUGGUGACAUCAAGAGAAUCUCUGCAUCGCCUCGUCCUAUUGGUCCACACCCACGGGCAACAGUGCCCCUUCCCACCAACCCUCCAAUCUGACACUGCCAGAGAGAAGCAGGCAGCUGACACAGAGGGGAGCCAGUCAAAGGGAGAGGCAGUGAAGCAGAGAACAGGCCCAAAGCACUUACCACCUCAGACAGGUGCAAAGGACUGUAGUUCUCCAGAGGAGGGCCUCUCUCCAUGUGCUCAGGGGAAGGAAAUGAGAGAACCCUCGGAUGUGUUAGAGGCAGAACUGUGUCUGCACUAUGUCUGUGAGGGAGGGCAUCUGCUUUCAUGGCAACCUAGUCAGAGUGGCUGUGAUGAAGAAAGGGGGGCAGGAGAGAGGGAAGGAGAGAUUGUGGAGGGGGAUAUUACCCCUGCAGGUCCAACUAUGUCCAAAGGGAGGAGAGGAGCAAAGGAGCCCAAGAAGGAGAGUGUCACAGGGACGGGUCGUCUUACUGUGAGGAGGACUAGGGCUCGUGGUAGAGCAAGGUCUGUGGUGAUCCAAGAGGAGGCACAACAGCCAGGAGAGGAGACGAUGGACCUGACAACCCUAAACUCUGGAGAGAGCAACUCAAAAGGAAGUGAGAAUGCACAGGAAGGGUCAGUGGCAGGAAGUGACACAAUGCCAGCAGAGUCCUUGCAGUCAUUGGAGGAUUGUUUUCAUAGGCGGCUGCCUAUGGAAUGUAAUGAUCACGACGAUGAUAAGGAGCACAACCCAGACAACAUCACUGGAGAGAAGGAUGUCCCUUCACCCGGCAGACCGGAGCCAGCCGACAAUGUUUCUCAGAUUGUCAGCAAAAAGAAAAGAAAAACAACACCGAAAGCAAUCUUGCCUUGUGAGUUUGAUGGCUGUGGGAAGAUCUUCUCCUCUCGGCAGUACCUCAAUCAUCAUAUGAAGUACCAGCACUUCCACCAGAGGACGUUCACCUGCUCUCACACUCCCUGUGGGAAGUCCUUCAACUUCAAGAAGCACCUGAAAGAGCAUGAGAAGCUGCACAGCAACCAGAGGGACUUCAUCUGUGAGUUCUGUGCCCGAGCUUUCCGCACCAACAGCCACCUUCUCAUCCACCGCCGCAUCCACACCGGAGAGAAACCGAUACAGUGUGAGGUAUGUGGCUUCACCUGCCGCCAGAAGGCCUCACUCAACUGGCACAUGAAGAAGCACAACGCUGAGAGCAGUUACCAGUUCCCCUGUGAGAUCUGCGGCCGGCGCUUUGAGAAGAGUUACAACCUGACCGCUCACCACCGCAAAAGCCACCCUGACCCACCCUAGACCUUGAGCCUCACCAUCACCAUCACCACCAUCCCCAACACUGACUCCCCCCCCCCCCCC